AUGAGGUGCAUUCAUCAGUGCUAUUCUCCGUUCUUCCCCUCGCUUUCUCGCUCCAAGUUCAGGCAACAGCCCAACGCAGCGAGACUGCUCCAUCCUGAUACGCCUCUCGCCAGGCGAAGAACUCGUCGGAAGCCGAUGGCCGUCUCCAGCACCGCACUGGUUCUCGCGGCCGCCGCCUCCCCGGCGAAGUCCGGCGACAUCUCAGUCUUGCUCCAAACCAGCGCGGUUCUUCUGUUCGCCUACGGGAUCGCCAAUUUCGUCGUGCCAGAGAUCAUCUCCAGGGAUCUCCAGUUCGACCAAACGAGCAAAGACGACGACAGUCCCUCGGAGAACGAUCGCAGCAAAGGGUCGGAAUCGGAAUCGGAAUCGGACUCGGACUCGGACUCGAAGUAAUUCAGCUGGAAGGACGAGGAAGCUUGUUUCCCUGUCUUGUUUCCAUUCAAGAACAAUUCCCCCCAAAUAAACAAAUGGAUGUUCACUGAGCUUUUGAUUUGAAUCGAUACACAUUUACAAGAGAAA